AUGGCGGCACCUGCGGCGGGGACGCACGUGUUCCUGGAGGUGCGGAGACGGCUGCAGAGCGCGCUGCUGAUCCUGGGGGAGCCUAAAGAAGGAGGUAUGCCCAUGGAUAUUUCUCUAGCGCCCUCCUCACUCCAGGUGAAGACCCCGGAAGGCUGCACAGAGCUCCGGCUUCCAGCAGAGGUCAGGCUCGUGCCUUCCUCCUGCCGCGGGCUGCGGUACGUCCCGGGAGAUGGACUGCACCUGCGGCUGCAGGUGCGGGCAGAACCCGACAACACCAAGCUGAUUUCAAUGUUUAAUCAAAGCUCACAAGCCCAAGGAUGUUGCACAUUUUAUUGCCAGUCCUGCGGUGAAGUCGUAAUAAGGGACAGGAAGCUCCUCAGGGUACUCCCAUUGCCGAGUGAGAAUUGGGGAGCUCUAGUUGAAGAAUGGUGUUGUCAUCCUGACCCCUUUGCUAAUAAGCCACUUCAUCCGCAAGAGCAUGACUGUUUUAUUGGAGACUCUUUCUUCUUGGUGAAUUUAAGAAAUGAUUUAUGGCAGCCAAGACCUGAACUAGCCCCAGUGAAGACACAAUGUCCUUCUGAGAACCAUUUUAAACUGAAACCAAAGGCAAAUACCAAAGUAAUUUGUAAGCGUUGCAAGGUAAUGUUGGGAGAGACCAUGUCAUCAGAAACCACCAAGUUUUUUAUAACAGAGAUAAUUAUUCAGCCGUCUGAAAGAAAUUUUUCCAUCGUACCAAGGUCUCAGUUUGUACAGAACGUUAUCGCCCAGUGUCUGGUGGAACUCUCCUCUGCUAGAAGCACUUUUAGAUUCACUAUUCAAGGUCAUGAUGGCAAAGUGUACAUCUUGCUAUGGCUUUUAAACUCAGACAGCUUGGUGAUUGAAUCUUUGGGAAGUUCCAAGAGUAUCAAAAAAUUCCCCCUGUUGGAAGAUAUCUUGAAGGCAGAUUCCAGUUCUGCCUGGAAUGCUGUCAAGGUCCUCUAUCAACCAUGCAUCAAAAACAGGAAUGAAAAGCUUUCCAGUGCUUGGGAAAGUGAUAUCAGCAUCCACUCUCUAACCCUGCCCUCUGCAACCUGCUUGGAGCUUCUGUUGAUAUUAUCAAGGAAUAAUGCUAUGCUGCCGCCAUCCCUUCGCUCUGUGAAUUCCUUUCAGGUGGCCUUUUUGAAGAUGUAACCAUUGGAGCCAAGGCACCCUCCCUGGCAAACAGCUCUCCAAGGCCGGAGGCCAGCGUUCUGCAUGGCGGGCAGCCGUCACAGACACAAGAACCCGAGCUCCA